GAGCCACAAGCCUCUGCGGCAGGAUCCAAGCAGGCUUCUGGCACUGAUCCUCACACGAGGAGAUUGCACACAGCGCUCAAACAUGCCAGAGCCCAGCGAUGCGAACAAGCGCCAGAAACCGGAGGACGCGGCGCCAGCCUUCUCGGACACGAUAUCGAACUUCGCCGUCGAAGAAACGCUGCGCUUCGAGGCCGGCGGCCGACUCGCCGUCGUGCUCGGCAAGCUCGACGGCCGGGAUUGCGUGCUGGAGCUCAAGCAGCGCGCGGCCCUCGCGGACCCGCGGGCGCUGGAAGACGCCCUGCCGAAACUGAAGCUCACGCUGACGAACCACUCGGGCGCCGAGUACUCGUACUACGCGGCGACCGACCCGACGACGGGCGCGACCUACGACCUGGAGGCGGUCUGGCCCGCGCCCGAGCGCCUCGUCCAGCGCAAGCGGCCCGCCGAGAUCUGCGUCGUCGAGGAGACCGCGGAGGCCUAUGAUAGGGUCGUGCGGCCCUUCGCCGAGGCCCAGGCCGCGAAGAUCGGCUGGAUCGACGCCGUCUGUGCGCUCGAGAAGGAGCGGGAGCGCAACCUCCACGCCUGCGACGCUUUCGUCGUCAACGUGGACACGAAGUGGAGCACGCACGGGCCUUUCGACGCGGACCGGGCGACGUGGCGCGCUGUGUGGAAAUCAACCAGUGUGUCGGGUGUACUAAGUCAUUUCUCGGCGUAUGACGCGGCCGUCCUGGCUCGGUCGAGCGGCGAGGAACCGGCAUCGCCACGCCAUCGAGCAGGCGUCGCGUCGAUGGCGUGGAGGACGACGCGACGAUUCAGCACGAACGCGCCGUAAAAUUUUGAUUUCCACACAGGUGGCGCGGCGCGGACUGGACGCGCGACUUAUACCUGCUGGCCAUCUCGAAGGACGCGUCGCUCAAGUCGAUGCGGGACCUGCGCGGGCCGGACGGGGCGGGGCUCUGCCGCGCGAUGCGGGCCGCGCUCUUGCGAUGCGCGGCGGACGUCUACGGCGUCCCCGCCACGAAACUUCGAGUGUUCUUCCACUACCAGCCCCAGUUCUACCGCCUCCACGCGCACUGCACGCGCGCCGAGCACACGAAUCCCGGGUGCGAGUGCGACCGCGCGCACCUGCUGACGACCGUCGCGGCGAAUUUGGAUCUCGCGCCGGACUACUAUGCGCGGGCGCCGCUGACGUACAAGCUGCGCCUCGGCGAGAAGCUCCACGGGCUUCUGUCGGCGGGCGCGUAAACGCGUAGUCACGGUGGGGAGGGCUCCGGGGAUCGGUGUUUUGUGGGACCGAUGCGUCUGGUCGCGUCGACGAUCCGUGCGACCCCAUUGCGCUGUUCGCUAGCGGCCUGUAAGACACUAGACAGCGA